GCAUUUUAGAUAGAUUUAAGAUGACUGACUGUAACCCGCAGAAUACUCCAAUGGUUACUAGACAAGCUGAAAAUAGAAGUAAAAGAAGAAAAUUGGAAGAGUUAGAAUCAUCUGAAUGUGAACAACCGUCGAUAACUAGAAAAGCUCCAUACAGAGAGGCAAUUGGAAGUCUUAUGUACUUAGCAAAUGGAACUAGACCAGAUAUUUCUUUUGCUGUACAUUACUUAGCUAGAAAACAAUUAAGUGCUACCGAAGAUGACUGGAAAGAUGUAAAAAGAAUUUUGAGAUAUUUGAAAGAAAAACCUACUGACAGAAAGAAGUAGAGCAGUGGAAGCUGGAAACAAGAAAAUGGAGGGAGUGUUAAGAGUGCAAGAUUUUCUUGUCCAGAUAUUUGAUUACUUAGAUAUUUAUUAUAUUUAAUAUUUGUAUUUGCCGCUCAAGGCGACAACUAAAUCAUUAUUAUUAUUUAUUCUGAGAUAGCGUCGGUCUACAC